AUGAAUAUAUUCCGUUUCUUUGGAGAUCUUUCUCAUUUGGCUAGUAUAUUUAUUUUAUUAUAUGCUAUUGAAACCAAUCGAUCCACCAAUGGAUUAUCAUUAAAAACUCAAAUUUUAUACGUUGUGGUUUAUUUCACCAGAUAUCUUGAUUUAUUCACCAAAUUUUAUUCCCUUUAUAAUACAUCAUUAAAACUUGUUUUCAUUGCAUCUUCCAUUUAUACCGUUUAUGUCAUGGUUUAUAAAUAUAAAAAACCCAUUCAAGAAAAUAUUGAUAAUUUCCCACUAAAAUAUUUGAUUGGAGGAGCUAUAUUGGCUAGUUUAAUUUUCACUCAUAAAUAUAGUAUUGGAGAAAUAGUUUGGUCAUUUUCAUUAUGGUUAGAAGCAGUAUCAAUUUUACCUCAAUUAUAUAUUUUACAAAAAACUGGUGAAGCAGAAAAUAUUACUACUCAUUAUAUUUUUGCUCUUGGAAUUUAUCGUGCUUUAUAUAUUCCAAAUUGGAUUUAUAGAUAUUUUGCUGAAGGUCAUUUUGAUUUUGUUUCUGUAUUGGCAGGAUUAUUACAAACUGGUAUUUAUUCUGAUUUCUUUUAUAUUUAUUACACCAAAGUGAUGAAAGGUAAGAAAUUUGAAUUGCCUGUAUAA